CAAGAACAUCCUUUCAGCCUUACACGCCACUUUGCCUUCCCAGUCCGUUCACCAUGGACACCACACCCUCCCCAGAACCAGCGCCAUCGAUAUUCCGCUACAUCGUCGGCUUUCUGCUCAUCGGCAUUGCUUGGGGAUUUACCACUCCGUUCAUUCGCGCCGCAGCACGCACUCACUCGCCACCACCACACCCGAUUCUAGACUCAUCAUCUGUCAAAUCCAGCUGGAUCAAGUCGAAAUUCCUAGGAGCCUUCUUCGGCGUCCUGGAUUUGUUGCGGAACCCGAGAUAUGCGAUUCCGCUGGUGAUCAAUCUUACGGGGAGCGUGUGGUUCUUCCUAUUGAUUGGCAAGGCUGAACUUAGUUUGACGGUACCAAUAACCAAUUCGCUGGCCUUCCUGUUCACGGUAUUUGGGGAUUGGUGGGUUGAGAGGAAGGUAAUUAGCAGGGACACUUGGAUUGGGAUGGCUCUUUCACUAUCUGGGAUAGCGCUUUGUGUCCAGAGCAAGAACAAAUGAGUUUGGCAAACCAAUACUUUUUUGUGAAUUUAGACUAUUGGGUAUCGGCUACGUGUGCUUUAGGAAAAGCCAGAAUGAGAUUUGAAUACUGUAGAAAACAAAGCGCCAGGCAAUGCUCUAUGCUGGUAAAUAAGUUUGAGUGCCUAGCCGCCAGCGCCUCGGCUUGGAUGAAUAGAAACGCCUUCCCAAUGCUCGUUGCUGAAA